CCGCCCUGCACCAGGGGGCUUGCGAACGGUCAGGCAGCCACCCGGACGACUUCCUUCCUCUCCGGGCAAGAUGGCGGGGGGCGAGGCUGGUGUGACUUUAGGGCAGCCGCACCUGUCUCGGCAAGAUCUCAACACUUUGGAUGUUACCAAGUUGACGCCACUUUCACAUGAAGUUAUCAGCAGACAGGCCACAAUUAAUAUAGGUACAAUUGGUCAUGUAGCUCAUGGGAAGUCUACGGUUGUAAAAGCUAUUUCUGGAGUUCACACUGUCAGGUUCAAAAAUGAACUAGAAAGAAAUAUUACAAUCAAACUUGGCUAUGCUAAUGCUAAGAUUUAUAAACUUGACGACCCAAGUUGUCCUCGGCCAGAAUGUUACAGAUCCUGUGGAAGUAGUACACCCGAUGAGUUUCCUACAGAUAUUCCAGGGACCAAAGGGAACUUCAAAUUAGUCAGACAUGUUUCCUUUGUUGACUGUCCUGGCCACGAUAUUUUGAUGGCUACUAUGCUGAAUGGUGCCGCAGUGAUGGAUGCAGCUCUUCUGUUGAUAGCUGGUAAUGAGUCUUGUCCUCAGCCCCAGACUUCUGAACACCUGGCUGCUAUAGAAAUCAUGAAACUGAAACAUAUUUUGAUUCUACAAAAUAAAAUUGAUUUGGUAAAAGAAAGCCAGGCUAAAGAACAGUAUGAACAGAUCCUUGCAUUUGUACAAGGUACAGUAGCAGAAGGAGCUCCUAUUAUUCCAAUUUCUGCUCAGCUAAAAUACAAUAUUGAAGUUGUCUGUGAGUACAUAGUAAAGAAAAUUCCAGUACCCCCAAGAGACUUUACUUCAGAACCCCGACUUAUUGUUAUUAGAUCCUUUGAUGUCAACAAACCUGGCUGUGAAGUUGAUGACCUUAAGGGGGGUGUAGCUGGUGGUAGUAUUCUAAAAGGAGUAUUAAAGGUGGGCCAGGAGAUAGAAGUCAGACCUGGUAUUGUUUCCAAAGACAGUGAAGGAAAGCUCAUGUGUAAACCCAUCUUUUCCAAAAUUGUAUCACUUUUCGCAGAGCAUAAUGAUCUUCAGUAUGCUGCUCCAGGAGGUCUUAUUGGAGUUGGAACGAAAAUUGACCCCACUUUGUGCCGAGCUGACAGAAUGGUGGGGCAGGUACUUGGUGCAGUUGGAGCUUUACCUGAGAUCUUCACAGAACUGGAAAUUUCCUAUUUCCUGCUUAGACGGCUUCUAGGUGUACGCACUGAAGGAGACAAGAAAGCAGCAAAAGUGCAAAAGCUGUCUAAGAAUGAAGUGCUUAUGGUGAACAUAGGAUCCCUGUCGACAGGAGGAAGAGUUAGUGCAGUCAAGGCUGAUUUGGGCAAAAUUGUUUUGACUAAUCCUGUGUGCACAGAAGUAGGAGAAAAAAUUGCACUUAGCCGAAGAGUUGAGAAACACUGGCGUUUAAUUGGUUGGGGUCAAAUAAGAAGAGGAGUGACAAUCAAGCCAACAGUAGAUGAUGACUGAAGAAUUAAAUAACAGAUUUGGAUGAAGUCGGAAUUUCUCUUAACAACCUAGGGGUAUAUUUUCAAAGCAAUAGUGAGGAAUUAAUUUCACAGCUCAUUACCUUAGGAGUAGCUGUAAGGUUAUUCUCAUUUUUUGGUGAUGAAAAUUUAACCUCUAGUACUAAAAUAGGGUCUACAAUAAAUGUAAAAAUUGGCAUAAUGUUGGAUUGAAUCUACAUUUUACCAGAAAUUAACCAUUCCCAAAUAACAUCUAAUUUAUACAUCAGUGCAGGUUUGAAAGGAAACUGCUACAACCAGCCUUUGCUGUAGCACACAUACCACUGAAUCUGUUUGAAAUAAAAUUCUUCUUCUUA